CAAGGGCCCCCGAUACCGGAAGUCAGAUUCUGUAAGUACGUAGUUGGUGAAGUAGCUGAGACAGCAGAAGGUCAGGAUGAAGAAGUCUAUCUUGCGCACCAGCCUGCGCUCUUCUUUGGAGGACUGCGAGGCGCGCAGAUAGGCCCGCGCCUUUUCCAGGGUCGAUGCCAUGCUCUUUCUAGCGAGUGGGUCCUGCUGCUAUCCAACGACAACGACGGCGAACACACAAAUCGACAUGGGCAAAAUAAAAUGGAAGAGCAAGAGGGGUACGCGAUGUCGGCGGUGUGGAAAAAAGAGAAGGAUCGAGUCACAAAGAUUGGUGGCCGUGGCCGCGGCCGCGUUGAGACGGCGUUUUUUCGCUAAGCAGCGUGAUGCAAAGUACGACGUAGGCGGCAGUCUGGCAUUCGAUAGCUAACCGCAGGCCGCGCGGCGGCAAGCAUAUCGAGGCGGAGGAGCAGGCGGG